AUAAUGUUAAAAUUUUCUGUAGAUGAUUCACAGCCAAACAUCCUAGUUCUCCAAACUCCAGUAUCAUCAUCAGUUCCUCCAGGAGAAGCAGUGAAUCUUCAGUGUACGGUUCUCUCUGAGAUCAGAUCAGCAGAACUGAGAGUGUUCUGGUUCAGAUCUGCUGCAGGAUCAUCCUUUCCUGAAAUCAUCUUCACUCAUCACAACAGCAGCAGCAGCAGCAACAGCAGCCAUCAGUGUGAGUUCAACCGUGUGUACAACUUCUCCAAGAUUAUUGGGAAUGAUAACGACACUGGAAUAUUCUACUGCGCUGUGCAGACCUGUGGGAGGAUCAUUAUUGGGAAUGGAACAACUGUGAACUUGGUCUGGCCUCUGGAUCCGGUUGUGAUGUGCCUGGGAGCAGCUGUAGGAGUGUGUGUGGUUGUGAUAUCUGUACAAGCUGCAAUAAACCGCAAGAAGAAGAUCUGUGAACACUGCAGCGCUGAGAAGCUUCAACACGGCUUAUUCAAAGAGAAGACAGCCAAUCAGGAACAGGAUGCUGAGGAGCUAAAUUAUGCCGCCUUAAAUUUCUCUGAACGAAAAACUAAAAGAACGAGGAAACUGAAGAAAGAGAAAUCUGAGGACAUGCUGUACUCCACAGUGAGAUGCUCCUCUGUUAACGACCGCAGAACAGAUCAUUAGACCCCUUUGAAUUAUUUAUAAUAAAAGCAAAGAUUAUGGAUGAAGUUCCAUUUAUAGCAUUGUUGGCUGGUGCUGGAAUCGAUACCCAGGAUGCACCACACAUUGAUUCUCUUGAUCACAUGACACUGCACACAGCACCUCCAGGAAGUAAAUCACUGGAAUUCUAAACACCUGUGUUAGGCCCUAUUUAAGGGGCACAGUUUAACUCAUUCUUUGCUAAGAUUUGUCGGUUUAUCCACUUUAUCCACACAUUUAUUUCCUUGCCUGUGAUUUCCAUUUUGUGAAUGAUCUUGUUUUGUUUUUUGACCCUGAUUCCUGUCUGCCCUCUGAUGACUCCUUGCCUGUGUAUGACCCUCAGAAUGUUACUCGUUUAUGGUGUGUCCUGUCUCUCUUGCUGCUGUUCUCUGGUUUUGACCCUUCUUGACUACCCUUUUUUUUAUUGCCCUUUGUCAAUAAACCUGUUUUAUUUUA